AUGUGGCCUCUUGCACCUGGACUUGUGGGACUCUUCGUUGGAGGGUCUCAGGCUUUGCAAUAUCAAAUUUCUAAAAACUACUCUGGUCCAGACUUCUUCGAUCAGUUCGACUUCUUCUCAGAUCCAGAUCCGACCCAUGGCUUCGUGAAAUACCAGGAUAUGGCGGGAGCUAAUAGUACUGGGCUGGCGGGUUUCGCAUCAAACGACGUCUUCCAGAACUUGAUCUAUCUCGGGGUCGACUCAUCCAACCCUGCUCCGGACGGGAGGCAGUCCACGCGCAUUCAGUCCAAAGAUUUGUUCAACCAAUCCUUGCAUAUCGCCGACAUCAGGCAUAUGCCCGGAGGUAUCUGUGGAUCAUGGCCAGCAUACUGGCUGGUUGGGCCACAGUGGCCAGAUGAUGGGGAGAUCGACAUUAUGGAAGGCAUUUCGCUUCAACCCAUCAACAAGAUGGUCCUUCACACGAAAGCCAACCUGACCGUCACCAACUUCUCGGAUCCCAGCGUUGCGAAUGCCACUCAAAUGCAGAUGCUAGGUACAUUCACGAGCCUUGAUUGCAGUGCUGAAAUCUCUGGAGAUCCCGGAUGUGCGGCGUCAGGCUCGAACAAUUCCUUCGGAACGGCAUUCAACGAUAAUGGUGGAGGCGUCCUGGCAACCGAGUAUGGGUCGCAGUGGAUAUCGAUCUGGAACUUUGGGCGUGAUGAGAUACCUUCCGACGCUUUCAGUGGAAGUCCAGACCCUGAGACCUGGAGGACUCCCGACGCUCAUUUCAUGCCGGCAGACGGCAGCCUGAUGUCCGAAUACUUUUCCAACCUGAUGAUUGUCAUCAACACUGCUCUGUGCGGAGACUGGGCCGAUGGCGACUGGGCGAAUUCUGAAUGUGCCGCGUUGGCCUCAACGUGCCAGGACUACGUCGCAAACAAUCCGCAAGCUUUCAAAGAGGCUUACUGGCUCAUUGGAGGCAUUCAGGUCUAUGAGCCUGUAUCUGGUGGAUCAAACAUCACGGAAGGCUUGUAUGCGAGCGCAGGAUCUCGUCGUCAUGUGCCUCGUGCAUCCUGGGGUGCGCCGCCCAGUCCGUCAAACCGAGGCUUCGAAACCUGA